UGUUUUGGUGAUUCAAUUGGAUCUGUGGAGCGAUGUCGGUGGAUGAGGUGGUUCUGUUGGAUGCAUGGGGCAGCAUGUUUGGGAUGAGGGCUAGGAUUGCAUUGGAAGAAAAGGGUGUUAAGUAUGAACACAAGGAAGAGAAUCUCAGCAACAAGAGCCCUUUGCUUCUGCAGAUGAACCCUAUUUACAAGCAAAUUCCAGUUCUCAUUCAUAAUGGCAAACCCAUUUCUGAAUCUGCCAUUAUUGUGCAGUACAUUGAUGAGGUUUGGAAUCACAACACUCCAAUCUUACCCUCUCAUCCUUAUGAAAGAGCUCAAGCCAGAUUCUGGGUAGAUUACAUUGACAAAAAGGUGUAUCCUACUUGGAACAAAAUGUGGCGUUCUGAAGGAGAAGAUCAUGAGGCAGCAAAAAAGGAGUUGAUCUCUAUCUUUAAGCAACUAGAAGAGACAUUGGGUGAUAAAAUCUUUUACGGGGGUGACACGUUUGGGUUUGUUGAUGUUGGUCUCAUCACUUUCUAUUGUUGGUUUUAUACUUUUGAGACAUAUGGCAAUUUCAAAAUGGAAGCAGAGUGCCCUAAACUCAUUGCUUGGGCCAAGAGAUGCAUGCAGAGAGAAACUGUGUCCAAAAUUAUUCCUGAUGAGAAGGAAGUGUAUAAUGCAGUUGUGGAAAUGAAGAAGGAACUUGAAUCGAAAUAGAGGGAUUUCAUGGAUCAGUUCAAUAGAUAUAUGGUAUUAAUAAUAUGGUCUUGUGUACUUUUAUUUUGUAUUUUGUGUUUUAUGAUUUGACAUGUCUUCUCUAUGCAAUAUUAAGUAAGGAUGAAUGUUUUAAUGUUUAUUUUAUGUGAAUUCAUAAUCAAUACAAACUCACGUUUA